UUGCCUAGUUUCCCAUCAUCAUCGGGUGCCGCCGCAUAAAAUAAUGGAAAUAGUCGGUCAAUGCUCUUAAAACAAAGUUGUUAUAAAGCAAAAGAGCGAAACCGAGGACAAAAAGUAAGUCAAAAAGAUACUUGCACGAAAAGAACAAAAAUACCAUCUGCAAAUUCGCCGGAAAAAUUUCUACAAUGCCUGAAGCAAAGGAAGAUAACCGGUUAAAUAAUACUUUUGUAACGGAGGAGUUACCGGUGAUGAUGGCAAUGAAUUUCGACCUUGAUGGUUUUUGGAAUCUUGAUCAGUUCUUCUCAUCAGACCCUCCAACCUCGUUUAUUUUACCGACACCUGAACAAUCUUUAUCUCCUCUGUGGGGUUUAACCGAUGACAACAAUAACAACGAACUAAACGACAGUGAGGAUAUAGGGACCGGAAAUGACACGUUGACCUUUUCUGGAACUGCUCACCAACUUUUUUCAGACACAGAUAACUGUGGUCAAGCAAGCAGAAAUCCAUCAAUUAAUGAUAUAGACGGGCGGCUACCAACGCCAAAUUUGGAGGUGAAUCCAUCAGAAUACCAAGACGCAACAUGUAUAAUCAAGGAAAGAAUGACUAUGGCACUUCGUUACUUAAUAGAAUUGGGUGAAAAACAUGUUCUAGCUCAGGUCUGGGCUCCGGUGAAGAACAAAGGCCGUAUCGUACUCACAACAUCUGGUCAACCCUUUGUUCUUGACCCAAACUGCACCGGGCUUCAUCAGUACAGAAUGGCUUCUUUAAUGUACUCGGUCUCCCUUGAUGAUGGAACUGAUGGAGUUCUUGAGCUUGUAGGUCGGGUAUUCAAACAUAAGCUUCCAGAAUGGACUCCGAAUGUGCAGUAUUAUUCAGAUAAAGAAUACCAACGGCUUAAUCAUGCUUUGAGUUAUGAUGUUCGUGGAACCUUAGCUUUGCCUGUGUUUGAACCUUCUGGGAAAUCAUGUGUUGGUGUGCUUGAGUUGAUAUUGACUUCACAAAAAAUAAGUUAUGCUCCGGAGGUUGAUAAAGUCUGCAAGGCGCUCGAGGCGGUAAAUUUAAAAAGUUCAAAUAUAUUGGAUUCUCCAAAUACGCAGAUAUGUAAUGAAGGUCAACAACAAGCCCUGGCUGAAAUCCUGGAGGUAAUGGCAGCGGUCUGUGAAACUUAUAGUUUCCCAUUCGCUCAAACGUGGGUCCCAUGCAGACACCGAAGUGUUCUAGCCUAUGGUGGUGGGUUCAAGAAAAGCUGCAGCAGUUUCGAUAGAAGUUGUAUGGGUCAAGUGUGCAUGUCAACAACUGAUGUAGCUUUUUAUAUUGUUGAUGCUCAUAUGUGGGGAUUUCGUGAGGCUUGUGCUGAACAUCACCUACAGAAGGGUCAAGGGGUAGCUGGCCGGGCCUUUUUGACCCGUAGUUUGUGUUUUUGUGAAAAUAUAACGCAUUUUGGAAAAACAGAAUACCCUUUAGUACAUUAUGCCCGCUUGUUUGGGUUAGUUGGAUCUUUUGCAAUUUGUUUGAGAAGUAGUCACACGGGUGAUGAUGAUUAUGUAUUGGAAUUCUUUCUUCCUCCUAAUAUGGUAGACUAUAAAGAUCAGCAAAAGAUGUUGCGCUCAUUGUUGACUUCAAUGAAGCAGCAUUUUCGUAGUUUUAAGGUUGCUUCUGGUGAAGAUAUACGGGAAGAUGGUAGACUUGUUGAAAUUAUUAGAGCAUCUGUGAAUAGUGAGGUUGUUGAUUCCGGGAUCUCAAGGUGUUCUUGUAAGAUUAACAAGGUUAAUUGCUCACUUACAAAGGGGAAAUACAAGACAGCGACAAUCUCAUUGCCUCGAGAACACAUUGAGGAACAGUUUGGAAAAACCAUGAAAGAAGCUGCUAAAAACCUUCACGUUUCUUUAUCUACAUUGAAACGCAAGUGCAACGUUCUUGGCAUUUCAGAGUGGCCAGGACCAAAUUUAGUGAAGAGAAAGGCAAAGGAUUCACCCAUUAUUCAGAUUGACCCAAAUGAAAAAGAUAGUGGAGCAACUCAGGACCUACCAAUUGCCAGUAUGAACAAAGAUAACUUGACUAUAAAAGCUGAGUAUGCAGAUGAUAUGCUUAAAUUCCAUGUCCCCAUCUUGCAAGCAACUUUUUUGACUGUGGAGAAAGAAAUUGGUAUGAAGUUGAAGUUGAGAGUGGGGACUUAUAAGCUCAAAUACCUUGAUGAAGAUGGAGAUUGGAUUUCGUUAGUAUCUGAUGAAGGAAUGAGUGAUUGCAUCAAAAGCUCCAGAAAGUUAGAUCGCAUUGUAAUUAGAUUGCGUGUGCUACCAUCUACACAACCAAUAUUUGAACCUAGGGGUUCCUCUAGGGGCAAAUGAAUUCUCGUUUUGGGAAGGUCUAUGUCCCAUGCAUUUUGGUUAUGUUUUUCUAAAUCGGUUUGCAUUAAUAAAUUACUUUAAACUAUUCAUAA